UGUUGUUGUAGGAUCACCGAUGAACUGUGAUAGUGAACCCUGAACAGAAACACGUGCGUGUAUCAAACGUUGGUGCGUGAGCGCUCAAGUUCAAUUACAAACCCACACCGAUGCUGUGUGAGAGGUUAAACCAACGUGCUGACUUCUAGAGGUGGACAUGCCACUCGGAAACAAUUAUUCCAAGUGGACAAAACAAAUGAGGGAUUCUCCGAGCUCGAUGACGAGUCGAGUGUGACAAUAUUUGUGAUUCUAAAUCAUCACCGGGUCCUCUGAUUUUUGGCCAAAUAGUGGGGUGUCAAUUCUAUGGUUUUUGAAAGAAGAGGUGGCAUUUAUGUGAAUAGAGAGGUGGAAUGUAUUAAAAAGUCAAUGUCAGCUUGGGUUUUAUUUAUCAAGUCGUGAUUUUUACCGCCAGUUUACCAUUUUGGCUUGAAGAGCAUUCAUCUAAAAUCAUAUCAAAAGGAAAAACUGAAAGUCCAAUUUUAAAAUCAAUUAGCAAAAAUGUUCCUAAGGAUAUUAUUGAUUUUUAUAUUGACAGUAACAUUAGGAAAUGCACAUUUUUUUAGUUUUUCUAAUCUCGCGAGCUAUGCAAAAUAUUUUUACAUGGGCAAUUCAACUACAAAAUUAGAGAAUGAAUUGUGGAGUGGGAUAGUUCGAGAUUGCAGUAGAAAAAUAUCAUUUUCAUGUAUCCAAAAAAAUGCUUACUCAUAUUUGGAUGGCACGUUCGAUGCACGUGAUAAUAUUACAGUUUUUGAUGGUUUGGUUUUAAGGAGAAACAAUCUCAAUUACGAUUCCUGUACAAAAGACUGCCAGAAUGUGGAAUUGGAAGAAAAUCUCGUUGACAAUUCCAGUCGUGAACCAGAAAGUCGAAGUCAAAAAUCCACUGAGAAUACUGAAAACUCUUAUGAAGAACCACAAUCACCUUUGGAAGAAGUAACUUCAGCACUCAGAGAGAAAGCUGUUAAAUUCUUGGCAACGAGAGAUUAUGAAAUUCAAUUGCCAGAAUUUUUUUUUGAAGGAUCUAAAAUAAAAAUAAGUCCACGUGAAAUUGAUGAAGAUGGAGCUUUAAUCAGGAUCGAUUUUGGUCAACGAGCAGUAGAGAAUCAAGGCCGUAUCUUCUUCAAAAAAAUAAGGAAAUUUAUUCAGAACCGGUUAUUGAUGAGCUUCCUGGCACUUAUAUUAAUCAUAAAAUUGAUAAAAAUCAAGUUUAUGUUCAUUCUACCAUUCCUCUUCGGUGUUGGUACAGCGAAGAAGAUUUUCUUGAAGAUUCUAUUAUUCUUCAUACCAGCAUUUGCUCAUAUUUUCAAGCUAUGCUCGAGUUACUACAAUGAUCACGUAAAAUAUUAUCAUCACCACCACCACAGGGUAGCUCAUCAUCAUCAUCACGUUCCAGUUCCUGUACCCGUACCAGCUCCAGCUUUUUAUGAUUCUCACCAUCAUGAACCUCAUCCUCCAAUAUUUGAAGAAGAAUUUCAAGGUUACGACUAUGCCCAUCCUCAUAUCCAGUUGCGUAAAGAUAUGGAAGAAUUAAAAGAAUGGGGAAUAGAUACAAUGUUGCACGGACAAGACGAUCCUGGAAUAAAGAUCAAUGGAUUUCAAUCGCCCACUUAUACUCCUCCAACUUAUCAAGGAGUUCAACAUCCUGUAAUUAAUAUUAAAUCUAAUCCCACAAUUGAUGGGAUUCCAGCACCAAUUAAUAUUCCAUCGCAUGCACAAAGUUUAGCAUACAGCGGAUACCUAGAUGAUAGAAAAUUGAAUAGACGAGUUUCUGUUCAAAAUCCUAGUACAUCAGUUCCUCAAGCAUCACAUCCUCAAGCACCAGUUCCUGCAGUACAAAUAAAUCCUCAAGCUAUAAAACAACCUACUGUUGUCUCCAAUCAAAUCAAACCACAAUCUUCAGUAUAUUCAGUUUUUUCUCAACCUACAAACGUCCAGACACAACGGACUUCGCAUCAAGUUACUCAAAAGAGUAGCUCUACUCAAGAGGUCAACCAAUCUACCAAUCAAGUUGUCCACGAUGAUGCUUUUUACGGACCGAUUCUUCAAAGACUUGACGACAUUUUUUUCCAAUUAAAAUUCGUCGAAGAGAACUGUAAAGAAAGACUCAUUUGUAGCAUGUAUAAAAAUCCAACACUCUACUCACCUCACAGCAAUCUGGUCUCCAACGAAUUAUCUAGAGAUGUACAAGAAUUGAAGCGUAAAGUAACCGGGAGUGCCUCAAGUCAGCGAUUCUAUCGGUACUUCAAUGCUGCUAGACUAGGGCAGGAUGGAGGCAACUGUCAACAAAGUUAUCCAUGUCAGACAAAUACGGAGUAGACAAUUUUUUAUUCUAUGCAGUCAUCAAAAUAAUCAACAGUUAAUUUAAGAAAUUUUUCAAUUUAUAAAUUAAAAUGUUAAUUAUUAAUUAUUUAUAAAUUUAUAUGAUAAUAAUGAUCAUAACAGUAAAAAUGUUACUUUCAGUUUGAAAGACUUUUGUUACUCAAUUGUGGCUCUGUUGAUGUUGUGAUAAUUCAUAAAUAGUCCAAAUGUUUAUAGUGAUAAUAUAUUAAUAAUUUUUAACUUCAUGAUGCACUCAGUAAUUUCAACUUAACAUUGUAGCCCUUGAGUAACAAGAUUGUUGAUCAGUUAGAGAAGUAAUUCAAAGGGUAUUUUUUAUGUAAAAUAAAAUAAAUUAGUAGAUAAUUAAAUGCUAUUCUUGUAAAAAAUUAGAAAAAAAUAAGCUUAUUUACCUCUUUAAUUGAAAGUAAUGCUGACUUUCAUUAUUUAUAAAAUAUACUAAAAUCUUUUUAAUAUAAUUUAUUUAAAUAUUUAAUAUUUUAUUUAAUGAAAUGAUGUAUAUUUGAAAUUUUUACGGGUGCCAUUCCCAAAAAUGAUGAA